UGGAUUCAUAGCACAGGAUGGAGCUUAUGCACCGGAGCAGAAAUAACAAAUGAGCUUCUCUUACUUGUUUCAGAGUAUGUAGAGACCACGUGGAGGAGUCAUGGUGACUAUCAUAGACCAUCCCGUGCUUUCAGCAGCUGGAGAGCUAAGGAUGCCAUUCCCAGAUGGGGUUAAGUACUGCAUUCUGGGAAUUUCUGUUGUUCUCCUCCUGCUGGCCCUGGGCAUCUUGGCCUGGCAGAUCUCCAGAUGCUUUUCACGGACUCACAGCACAUCCAGUCAGCAAGAUACUGUGACCAAUGAUCUGCUGUAUUCAGAUGAAAAGCCAACAACCACAGCAAACUACUCAGCACCUCCCAGUAUGAAGGUGGAGGAUGUUGGAACGGAAGCCCAAAGACUGAGUCGCUGUCUGACUCAGGCCUCCUUUCCCUCCUCAGAGUCCCUCCUAUCAGAAGGAGACGAAAGAGAACAAGAAACCACUAAAAAGGUCGACGGCUCGCUGCGUUUCUCAGUGUACCAUGACCAGCUUCAGUCUCGUCUGGUGGUCACAGUGUUGCAAGCUGAAGGGCUUUCAAACCCAAGCACGACCACAAGCCUUCAACCGUUUGUUAAAAUACUCCUCAUGUGGGGUGGAUCAGAGGGAGUCGAACUGGAAUACUCAAAAGAAGAGGGUGAUGUCACGCCCCCUGUGCUGUGGACGGUGAUGCAGGAGUGGCGCACUCGCAUCAUAAAAGGCAGCUGCAACCCCUUAUUUGGGGACCAGUUUAGCUGCAUCCUGCAGGAGGACAAAGACACGCUUCGUAAUAUCAACCUCAGGAUGGAGGUGCGGGACUUCGAUAAAUUCUCCAGACACACGGUGUUGGGAGAGGUGAGGGUUCCUUUGGGACAGCUGGACAUCUCCUAUCCCCUGGAAAUACAAGAGGAUCUGCAGACACCCCAGAAGGACCUUGUCGGAGAGGUUUUGAUGUCAUUGAGGUUUCUUCCCACCUCCCAGAGGCUUGAAGUCGGUCUGUUGAAGGUCAAAACAGUCCUCACGGAUAUGUGCCACGAUUCUGCCCUGUAUGCCAGGAUCAGCCUGCAGUGCAAUCGGAGCAAGCUGAGGUACCAGAAAACCUGUGCAGUGACCAGUUGCCCAGUGACUGUUUUCAACGAGGUCCUCAUGUUCUCCCUGCCAGAGUUUCCACUGGAGCAGUGCAAAAUCUCCAUCGCUGUGUACGAAACUCGCACAAAUAGGAAAUCAAACAAACGACUGAUCGGACAGUUACAUGUGGGGAAAGAAAAGAGCUCAGAAGACAUGCAUUGGACCUUGAUGCUGUGUUCACUCCGCCAGCCUGUGGCAAAGUGGCAUUGUCUGCUCAUUUAAACAACACCAUACAGAUGUCUUAGUGUCCUCAUAUUUGGUGAUUGCUUCUAUUCAUAUUCAACUGAAAGUUGUGGUGCUUGUGCAUUACACUAUUUUAGUAUCUGCUCUGGCUAACCUAAUCAAUAUGAAGUCCUGUCCCACUGUUAGAGCGCUUUCAUAUUUAUGAUAUUUUUAGCUUGUUGUUACACAACUAUAUUUGUCUCUUCAUAUAACAAAAUCUAUUUCAGUUCUAAACAUUUUCUACUUAUUUUCUGAGUAACCUUUGUAUUUGUGAUAAAAUUUUCUUAAAAGUUACCUAUAGAGGAUCAACAAAUCAAGCAAAACUGAAACAAAGAAUCAAACAUGCUACACAAUAAAUAAAUAAAAGAUAUUAUAAUGCAUAGCAAAGCAGUUGAAACAACAAUAAUUCACAAAACAUGAGAGCUUGGGGAUAGAUUUAAUUUAGAAAAUUACAAAUAAAUCCUGCUGCCAUCUUUUAGCGUGAUGAUUUUUAUUUAUUUAUUUUUGUUGGGAUACAUGAAGCACGUGAACCAGUCAUUUUUUGCAGCGAUAAAUUAUCAUAUUUUGAAAGCAACAGUCCAAAAGUAAAAAUGUUAUCAACCUUUUACUUCUCUAUCAUCAUAUUUUUGCUUUUAAGAACACACGCAUGAAUAUGUAUACAUACACUGUUUUGUCAAAUCUUGCGAGUUGUUGAACGCUCUGUGUGUGUGCAUGCGCGUACAUUGACAGCAGCAUAGUGCUAAAAAUAACUGAAAACAGAAAACGUAUUGUUAAUUACCAGGCGACCGGUGCGCAGACAAAAACCUCUCUCUGGGUCCAAGAGCCCUGAGAUUUGGGUGUGAUGGACAUUGUCUCCUUGGCUCGAUCGGCCUCUUCAAAGGAGGGCUAGACAUAACCAAGUCCUAUUGGCUAGUUACCUCUGUUCAUGAACAGGCCAGGUCCUUAUUCAUGCAGAAAACAUUGGAAUG